AUGGUGGAGCCAGGACAGGAUCUGUUGCUUGCUGCUUUGAGUGAGAGUGGAAUCAGUCCAAAUGAUCUGUUUGACAUCGAUUCUACAGAUAUGGGUCUUGCGACUCCAGCUGUUCAGCAGUCAGUACCACUUAAUGCAUUAGAACUGGGCUUGGAGACUGAAGCAGCAGUUGCUGUUAAAGCAGAACCACAGACCCCAUCUUCAACUGUGUUGAACAUCAGGCAACCGCCAUCUACCACAACCUUUGUAUUGAAUCAGAUAAACCAGCUCCCAACUCUGGGGACUACAAUAGUAAUGACAAAAACCACACCUGUGACCACUACCAGGCAGACGAUUACUGUAGCAAAAAUUAUACAGACCAGCACCACUACCCGCCCCUCUGUCGCAGCGCCAGCAGUACGGAAUGCUCUGACCUCUGCAGCCUCUAAGGACCAGAUACAGCUGAAAGACCUGCUGAAAAAUAAUAGUCUUAAUGAACUGAUGAAGCUGAAGCCACCGCCUAACAUUGCUCAGCCAGUUGCCACAGCUGCCACUGACCUCAGCAACGGAGCUGUGAAGAAGGAGGCACCGACUAAAGAAGUAGCAAGAAUAUGGAUAAAUGAUCUAAAAAUGAGAAGCUUUUCUCCUACGUUGAAAGUGCCAGUAGCAAAAGAAGAUGAUGAACCUGAAGAGGAGGAUGAAGAAGAAAUGGGCCAUGCUGAGACGUAUGCAGAAUACAUGCCAAUAAAACUAAAAAUUGGUUUACGCCAUCCGGAUCCAGUGGUAGAAACUAGCUCACUCUCCAGUGUUACCCCUCCAGAAGUUUGGUAUAAAUCCUCAAUCCCUGAAGAGAGUAUUGAUAGUGGUUGGCUGUCAGCAUUGCAACUGGAAGCUAUCACCUAUGCAGCACAGCAACAUGAAACAUUCCUACCCAAUGGAGACAGGGCUGGCUUCUUGAUAGGUGAUGGUGCAGGUGUGGGGAAAGGAAGGACCAUAGCUGGAAUAAUCUAUGAAAACUACCUCUUGGGUAGAAAGAGGGCAGUGUGGUUCAGCGUUUCAAAUGACCUGAAAUAUGAUGCGGAAAGAGAUUUGCGAGAUAUUGGAGCAAAAAAUAUUUUGGUUCAUUCACUAAACAAGUUCAAAUAUGGAAAAAUUUCUUCCAAACAUAACGGAAGCGUGAAGAAAGGUGUCAUAUUUGCAACAUACUCUUCUCUUAUCGGAGAAAGUCAGUCUGGCGGCAAAUACAAAACUAGACUUAAGCAGCUACUUCAUUGGUGUGGAGAUGAGUUCGACGGAGUUAUCGUAUUUGAUGAAUGUCACAAAGCUAAAAAUCUGUGUCCUGUUGGCUCCUCAAAACCAACCAAGACGGGCUUGGCUGUUUUGGAGCUGCAGAAUAAACUUCCAAAGGCCAGAGUUAUUUACGCUAGUGCCACAGGUGCGUCUGAGCCUCGUAAUAUGGCAUAUAUGAACCGUCUUGGGAUAUGGGGUGAAGGAACCCCAUUUCGGGAGUUCAGUGACUUUAUUCAGGCUGUUGAAAGAAGGGGUGUAGGUGCCAUGGAAAUAGUUGCUAUGGAUAUGAAACUAAGAGGAAUGUACAUAGCAAGGCAGCUGAGCUUUUCAGGUGUGACCUUCAAAAUCGAUGAAGUUCAUCUUUCUCCGCACUACGUUAAAAUGUAUAACAAAUCUGUGAAAAUGUGGGUUAGCGCCAGAGAGAAAUUCCAGCAAGCUGCUGACCUCAUUGAUGCUGAACAGCGAAUGAAGAAAUCUAUGUGGGGCCAGUUUUGGUCAGCUCAUCAGAGAUUUUUCAAAUACCUCUGCAUAGCAUCAAAAGUUAAAAGGGUGGUGCAGCUGGCCCGGGAAGAGAUAAAGAACGGCAAGUGUGUUGUUAUUGGGCUGCAGUCCACAGGGGAAGCAAGAACUUUGGAAGCUUUGGAGGAAGGUGGCGGCGAACUUAACGACUUUGUGUCCACAGCAAAGGGGGUGUUUCAGUCUCUCAUCGAGAAGCAUUUCCCAGCUCCUGACAGAAAGAAACUGUUUAGUUUACUGGGAAUAGACUUGUCUGCUCAAAGUAAUCACAACUCGCCUAGGGAUAGUCCUUGCAAGGAGGACAAAGUAAAGAAACGCAAAGGCGAAGAGAUAUCCAGAGAGACCAAGAAAGCCCGUAAAACUGGUGGAUUGGCAGGGAGCAGUUCUGAUGAAAGCUACAGCGAGUCGGACAUCUCGGACAACGAAGAGAGUGAUAACGAGAGCUCCAAGUUUUUAAGCUCUGGGGAUGACGACGACUUCAAUCCAUUUAGGGAUGAAUCCAGCGAGGAUGACGAAGAUGAUCCCUGGUUAAUUAGGAAAGAGCACAAGAAAAACAAGGAGAAGAAGAAAAAGAAAAGCAUAGACCCAGACUCUAUACAGAGUGCCUUACUAGCGUCUGGGCUGGGAUCCAAAAGGCCAAGUUCUCUCUCUUCUGCGGUUGUUACCUCAUCAACUACUAAUACAUCUGCCAACAGUAAUACAAACAGCUACAUCACCAGUCAGGAUGCCGUUGAAAGGGCCCAACAGAUGAAAAAAGAAUUGCUUGAUAAACUGGAAAAACUGUCAGAAGAUCUUCCUCCUAACACACUGGAUGAGCUUAUAGAUGAAUUGGGUGGUCCUGAAAAUGUGGCAGAGAUGACAGGUCGCAAAGGGAGAGUCGUGAGCAACGACGAUGGCAGCAUCUCUUAUGAAUCACGGUCUGAGCUUGACGUACCUGUGGAAAUCCUGAAUAUUACAGAGAAGCAGAGAUUCAUGGAUGGAGAUAAGAAUAUUGCCAUCAUCUCAGAAGCUGCCAGCUCAGGCAUUUCAUUACAAGCGGAUCGCCGAGCCAAAAACCAGAGGCGAAGGGUGCACAUGACCUUGGAGUUGCCGUGGAGUGCGGACAGGGCAAUACAGCAAUUUGGUCGAACCCACAGGUCGAACCAAGUGACUGCCCCCGAAUACGUCUUCCUAAUUUCUGAGCUCGCAGGAGAGCAAAGGUUUGCAUCUAUCGUGGCCAAACGACUGGAAAGCUUGGGAGCUCUCACUCACGGAGACAGGAGGGCAACAGAAACGAGAGACCUAAGCAGGUUCAACUUUGACAACAAGUAUGGCCGAAAUGCAUUGGAAAUAGUCAUGAAGUCCAUUGUAAACCUAGAUUCUCCGUUAGUAUCUCCACCUCCUGACUUCCCAGGAGAAUUUUUUAAAGACGUUCGACAAGGAUUAAUAGGUGUGGGCCUAAUUAACGUAGAAGAUCGGUCUGGGAUUCUAACACUUGAUAAAGAUUACAACAAUAUAGGGAAAUUCCUAAACCGGAUUCUGGGUAUGGAAGUGCAUCAGCAGAACGCUCUAUUCCAGUACUUCUCAGACACGCUCAACGCAGUAAUACAGAACGCUAAGAAGAAUGGAAGAUAUGAUAUGGGCAUUUUAGAUCUCGGUUCAGGAGAUGAAAAAGUGAGGAAAGCAGAUGCUAAAAAAUUUCUAACCCCAGGAUAUUCUACCUCGGGACAUGUAGAACUGUACACUAUAAGUGUGGAGAGGGGGAUGUCUUGGGAAGAAGCAACCAAGAUUUGGGCUGAGCAGACUGGACCGGAGGAUGGAUUCUAUUUAUCGUUACAGAUACGAAAUAAUAAGAAAACUGCCAUCCUCAUGAAGGAGGUGAAUCCCAAAAAGAAGCUUUUUCUAGUAUACAGACCAAAUACUGGGAAACAGCUCAAAUUGGAAACCUAUGCAGAAAUAAAGAAAAAAUAUAAAAAGGUACCUUCUGAAGAUGCCUUGCCCCACUGGCUAGAGCAGUACACGUCGUCCGCGGAAAUUUGCACCCACGCUUAUUGGAGAGGCAACUGCAAGAAAGCAAGCCUUGGCUUGGUUUGCGAAGUGGGCUUGCGUUGUCGGACAUACUACGUCCUCUGCGGCUCAGUCUUGAGUGUCUGGACGAAGGUGGAAGGAGUAUUGGCCUCCGUGAGUGGCACAAAUGUCAAAAUGCAGAUUGUUCGGCUAAGGACAGAGGACGGACAGAGGAUUGUAGGCUUGAUCAUUCCCGCCAAUUGCGUGUCUCCCCUCGUCAAUCUCCUGUCAACGUCGGACCAGUCCCAGCAGCUGGCCGUGCAGCAGCAGCAGAUUUGGCAGCAACACCACCCGCAGAGCAUCUCCAACUUCAACAACGCGUGAGGAGGG